UAUCAACUGAGUAAACAUUUCGAUAUCAAAACGAGGGUGAAACAAUGUCUUGUGGUAGUGGAACAGUUAAAAUAUUUUUAUUUAUUGCCAAUUGUGUUUUCGCCUUUGCCGGUCUAUCCCUAAUUGUGAUAGGUUCAUUGACGAUUAACAACGUUAACAAAUAUGACGACGCCAUACCUGAUGCUUACGAUGUAUUGAGACACACUCCAAUAUUAACCAUAGUUCUAGGUUCCAUUAUUUUUAUAAUUUCCUUUUUGGGCUGUUGUGGAGCGUACUCAUCUAACUAUUGCAUGUUAAAUUCGUAUGCUUUUAUUCUGUUGGUAAUACUUCUACUUCAAGUAGCCCUAGGCAUAUACACGUUUAUUCAAGUUAAAGAUAAAGAUGAUUUUAAGCAAAAAAUUAAUAGUGCCUUCAAAAACUUAUAUAUCGAAGCUGACAGCGGUAACGAAAAUGCCAAAAAAAUUAUUAACUUAAUUGAAUCAGAAUUUGAUUGUAAAGGAUAUAGUACUACAUUAAGCGAAAUUGGAAGCCUUCUUGGAAUAACAAAAAAAUGUGAUGAAAUGUUUUAUGACUGGUUAAAUAAUUCGGCGAAUGUUAUUGGUAUUGUUUUAUUAUCCUUGGUUGCUACGGAGAUUAUUGGAACAGUAUUUGCUUUGUGUCUGGUUAGUACACUAAGAAGUGAAAUAAGAAGACAACAAUAUGCAUAAGACGUCCAUUUUAAAAUUUGGUUGUAUAAAAUAAAACAUUUAUAUGUAUGUACAAAGUUCAUUUUUAGAGAUGUUAAUGGAUUAUGUAAUAUAAUAAUUUAAAUAAUUAAUUAAUUUAUACACAAAUGUAAUUAUAAUAUUUUAUUAGUUGAUUUAAGUAAUUCAUAAAUUUACGAAACGAUAAUUUAGGACAACGAUAUAAAAUAUUAUUUAUUAUUUAGCAACUAGUUCAGAAAAUAUAUAUAUUAUUGAUUUGCCAGUAUUAGAAUAUCUCUGAUACACUCAUCUAAUGUGUCAAUACCAAUUUUGUUGUAAUAAAUUCACACGAAAUAAUUAUUGAUAUCAUCUUUGUAGACAAUUAAGAUAAAAAAAAUAUAUAUAGAUACAUUUUUA